UAAGAGCUGUGCGAACAACACCAACACCACUUAAUAUGUCCGCUGCAUAAAAAGCUCCUUACGACUUCAAGAGAUUGCGAGCCAACAACAAAAACGAAAAUGUCACAACAAUCCACCAUUCAGCUGACGACCGAGCAGCUGCAAUUAAUGCUGGACUCGGUGCGUUCUGCAGCCGUUGCCGCGGCCAAUUGUGCCGCCCCUUCCACCGUGAUGAUGAGGGGCACGUUCAUGUAUUGCAACAGUCGACUUGGCGAUCAACAUGAUUCCGCUUAUGUCGAGGAGUUUAUACAAUCGGUAUUGGCUUACAAGGAUAUGGAAUCGAUUAGCGAUGAGGACGCACUUAAAAGUAUCGCCAUACUGUUUUACGGCGAGGCUGCUCUAUGGUGGCUGGGUGUGCGUGGGGCGAAGGAAGUACACACUUGGGAUGAGGCAAUCGCUUUGAUUCGUGAGCACUUCGCACCCGCCAAACAAGCUUAUCAACUUUAUAUGGAGAUCUUUGAGGAAAAGCAAGAUGACGAGACAGCCAUUGGAACAUUUGUCUGCCGGAUGCGUGCUCAACUGGCACAAUUGCCCGAGGGACGUCACAAUGAGGAAACCGAGUUGGAUAUGGUCUAUGGUUUGCUGAAUAUGAAGUAUCGGCGUCAAAUAUUACGUCAGGAUGUUAAAACUUUCCGUGAUUUGCUUGAGAGAGGAAGGGCCGUUGAGCAUAAUUGUAAGGAAGUCGAUGUGAAGAAACGUAAAAAUAAUUCCUAACGGAGGAGUUUGAAAGUAUUCAUCCUAUCGUCAGAUCGCUUACUAAUAGGCGAUGAGCAAAUUAAUUCGUUGUAUUUUGAUCUUGAAAUCCGACUCCAUCAAAAAUGCGGAAACAUGGAAAUUUUCUUUCUCAAAGUUAGCGGAAGCAACGUUGUUGUCCCCGAAAAAAGUAUAUUCUUAGAAAAUUAUUCAUAACCCGAGAUCUCGAGGUGCAGAAGAGCUUGGAGAGCGACAGUAACUACGUUAUGAAAGGUUAACAGGUAGUUUAGAGUCAUAUGUAGGAAAGGAGUUAAGGAGUAUGUAAGAAAUGUGCCUGAAAUAUAUAAAAUAAAUAAAGUGAUUUAUAAGCGAUAUGUUUUACAAAGUAA